AUGUCCAAAGGAAAAGUUAUCGAGAACCCGGAAGUUCCAGGUUUUGAGCAAAAUUUACCUCCGCCACCGUCGCUGCUACUUUCGUCGGACAUAAAAGAUAUGGACCCGGCGGUGCUGACAGCACCGCCUCCUCCACCUCCGCCGUUGCCGGCGAACCAGGUGACAGUGGACCCUGCAGUCUUGACAGCACCACCUCCGCCGCCGGGCCCGCCGAUAAUUAACUCGUAUUACCAGAGUUCCAUGCCUCAAUCCGUGCCCUGGUGGAUUCCCACGGAUGCCGACUCCCAGGAGGCUUUUUGGUAUGAUCAGAGUCGCUACGCUCCUCCGGCUCAGGAGAAACCUAAGAAAGUACAAAAACGGAAACAUGAAGUUGUUGAUCCUGUUCAAGAUGCUGAAAGAGUAGCAGCAGCACAACGAGAAUUGACAAUGUUAAUGAAACCACUAAAAUGCGACCUUUGUAAUGCUGUUAUGAACUCGACGCUCCAGGCGAAAUUACACUACGACGGUAAGCCGCAUCAGAAAAAAGUAUCCAUGUACCUUAACCAGAGCGUCAAGAGGACCAAAACAGAGACGGGUCCUGUAAACAGCGAAGCAAACAACGACUGGGACAGUUAUUGCGAUGUAUGUAAGACGUGGUUCACGUCCCAGACCGACGCUGCGCAGCAUUACGCCGGGAAAAAACAUAUUAGAGCGACUACUGGGGCUCCUAAACAAAAAACACACAAAAAAAAUUCAAACCAAGGACCAUUAGACCCAACGGGAAGAUUCGGGAUUGGAACGGGGUUCCAAGCGGGGGUUCCAGCGGUUCCGGCGCCACCAGUCCCCGCGGUGGCGCCACCUAUAGUCCCCGCGCCAGUACCACUAGCGCCAGUUCCUCCGGUUCCAGUCUGCGAAGUAGCCGUAGACUCGCCGCCAGUUAUGGUCGACGGAUUCGCAUCUGGAGCAACCAGUUACGGUAUGGCUUUACGUUGUGACUUGUGUGGGGUCUCUGCAAAUCGACUGGAACAACUGGAGACCCAUCGACGUGGUGCUCGGCAUCUUAAAAUGAUGCGGAUGAGUGGUCUGGCACCUCCAGAAUCCAUGCAAGAGCCGGCGACAAUUGACUAUUCGAUUUAUCGGACGCCUUCUGGUUCUUACUACUGUGCGCCGUGCAACAAGUCCUUCACAUCGGAAAACAGCUUUGGGCAACAUGUCGAGAGCAAAAAGCACAAAAAUCAAGUAAAUACUAAAACACAGAGCAAUCAAACGACGACUGCUGGAAAAAAAGACAAAAAAAAGACAAAUAAAUUGUAA